AAAUUUCACUAAUCCCAAAAUAAAUUUGGCGGGAAGGCUGGACCUGUCGAAGAGACUCGGCUUAUUUAUCACACUACAGCCAAUUUAAAAAGCCCAAACUGAAGAAUUCUGUGCAAUAGAGUGCGGAAGAAGAAGAAACGAAGAGAAUAUGUAUCGAAGCAGUGAAUUCGAUGGCAGCGCAGCCGCCUUCAUGGGUGGUGGUUUCAUGCCCUCUCAGACUACCCAGCUGCCGGAUUCCUCGUCCUCCUCCUUGCUAUCUUCCAGAAAUCGCGAGGCUAGAUGUUUAUUAGCGCUGACGGUGAAGCAGAUAUGCGAGCUACCAAGCAAUGAUGAAUCCAAUUUCGUCAUUGAUGGUGUUGAAGUGACCAAUGUUACAAUUGUGGGGAGAGUAUGCCAAAAGGAAGACAAAGCUAGUGAGUAUACCUUCCUUGUUGAUGAUGGGACUGGACAGAUUGAAUGUACCAGAUGGGUGCAAGAACGCAUUGACACAGAUGAAGCGGAGGGAAUCUUAGUUGGAAAGUAUGUUCGUGUUCAUGGACACUUGAGAGGGCUGCAGGGUAGAAGAUUCAUAAAUGUCUUCUCCAUUAGGCCUAUUACUGACUUCAAUGAGAUUACUAGCCACUUCAUUGAGUGUAUUUAUGUCCAUUUCUACAAUAAAAGGAUACGGCUACCGGGUGCCACUACUCAGUCACAGCUGGCAAAUUCAACCAUGAACACCCCUUUGAAAGGAUACCAAACGGCCCCUCUAAAUCAAUCUUCUGCUUAUUCGUCUGCUGAUGGAUUGAACAAUGUUGGUCAGAUGAUAUUGAAUUUUUUGCAGCAGCCCAUAUACCUUACAAACGAGGAUGGAGUGCACCGCAACGUUGUUGCCCAGCAGCUAAAUAUUCCAAUGGAUAAGCUCAUGGACGAAUUACAGUCUCUUGUUGACAAUGGCUUUGUUUACUCAACAAUUGACGAUGAUCACUUCAAGUCAACUGUUAACGCCUGACAUUUGGUGAAAUCAUUAGAUCGGACAGCCGUGCUUCCUCUGGAAACGGGGUGAUGGACAUCAUGUGUGGGUCCUACAUCAAUCUAAUAUCUAUUAGGAGCAUAUUCUAGUUCUAAGCAAUAAUCUCUCUACCAAUUUGUAGAUAGAUUAAUCUUAGCUAUAUUCAGGUUAUAUUGUAAUGCUUUAUGUUUACUCGUCCUUUUGAAGCCUUAUCCAUGGGCAUAGCAUGAAUCUUAAACGGCCAACCGAUGGUAAUGCAGCAUCCUUAUUAUGCUGAAUUUAUUUUUUUUAUCUAUAUUUUUAUCAGCUAUACAGCAUAGUGGAGAAAAGGUAAGAGACUUUUUCGGGUGUGAACUGAUUUAUCACAGGAAUGCUAUAUGAAGUCUAUUGUUGUAAUAACAGAAUGACUGUUGCAUUUGCUCACAA